UUUAUGAUGGAAAUAGAGGAUUGGGAAAAAAGAUCAGAGAAUACUCCACUUAAGGUCCAUAUGAUCGGUAUUACUUCUGUGAAAAUUUUAAGCUGGUUGUUUGGCUGGGUUGAUUGAACAUAUUUCGAUGUUGCCUUUGGAUAAUGUGAAAGUAUGUUGUAAACUUAUAAUUAUAGACUCAUCUUUAAGUCCUUCCAGAUUCGAAGUUCUCAAAAACGUUUGUGUCUUUGAAGUAUAAACUUAAUUGAAUCUUAGAAAAUAAGGAGUAAAAACAUUUUUCAAUGGAUUCGGGGCAGUGACUGCAGGUUGCAUGCCAGCUCAUGCAUUUUAUUUCAGCAGUUAUGAGGUAUAAGAAUUAACAAUAUUUGAGAUUCUGAAAACACUUCUGGAUGUAAACGAUGAAAAUAUCCAUGCUUAUGCAUUUGCUUUUAUUGGAGCAGUAUCAACUUUAUGGCAUGAUCUAAUAAUGGUACCCUUUGAUGGUAUGGUCAUUAUUAUAAUUCAGUUAUAAAAUAAAGAUAACAAAUCUAGGAGUAAUGCUUCAAAAGAACAGUGAAAACAGUUCUAAAAUAGGAAGGAAUGAUUGCAUUUUAUAGAAGUUUUCCCAUUACUUACGUACGAUAUCUCAUAAGAUUUAGUUAAUGUCUGCACCUUACUAGGCUAUAUUUUUUGCUGCAAAUGAAACUAUUAAAACUUUAAUGUUUAAGAAAUCAGAACAUAAUUUUGUCAGUCAUUUUACAUGUGCAGCUAUGGCAGGAUGUGCUGCUGUUUGUGUAAUGAAUCCAUUGGAUGUUGUCAAAACCAAAUUGCAGACUUAGAGUUGGCAUCUAAACUCUUCACAAGUCAAAUAUAGCACUUUCUUAGGAUCUAUUAAAACUAUUUAUAAGGAGGAGGGUUAUCUCGGAUUUUAUAAAGGAUUAUUACCAAGAUUAUGCAUGUAAACUAUGUCUGGAGCUACCGCAUGGGCAAGUUAUGAAUUCAUCAAAAGAAAAUUACUUCCUGUUUCAGUUAUAAAUUGA